UAUGUAGUUAGGUCUCCACUUUCAUUUAGUUAGCCAUUGAAAAUAUAUCGCUAAAGAAUAUUGCUGCGUAGCAGUUUUUGGAUUUUUAACGAUACAAAAGGUCGAAAUCCGACUGGGAAAUUAUCGACAAAUUUGUGAAUUUUUUCAUUAAAUUUAAUUUAGUGCAGUAGACGCCAGUAGAUUUGAAUUAAUUUUUCCAUUUAAAUAAAAAAAUGGCUUUGAGUCAGACAUCGGUGCUCAAACUUUAUCACACCGUCAUCGACGAUGUUAUCGCCGGUGUUCGGGAUGCGUUUUUGGACGAAGGUGUGGACGAACAAGUGCUACAGGAAAUGAAACAAGUCUGGACCAAUAAAUUGUUAGCUAGCAAAGCUAUCGAAGUAUCAAUAGAUCCGUUGGAACCUCAACCGCCACCAAUUUUAUCACUUAACUCAAAGUCGAAUGGGACAAAAUCAAAAAAUCGACCUCAGCAACAGCAACAGCAACAACAGCAGCAAUCGCAGCAACAAACACAACCGCAGCAGCAGCAGCAGCAGCAGCAACAACAACAACCGUCUCAAAAUACAACCGAAAACAAUGGAAACGCCUCAAACCAAACAUUUCCCAAUCAGACAAAUGGUACCCACAAGCCAUUAAGCCAGCCAAAUACAACACAACAAUCAACGGCCCAACCUCAGACUCAGACGCCGCCUGCUCCACCAGCGAUCGUAGCUGGACUGGAUCCGUCAAAAAUUGUUCCCAUUCAGAUAACACUCCCACCCCAGCCAAAUGUUCCGAAUUCCGAGCCCCGUGUACUUACCAUUCAAGUGCCCGCAUCGGCAAUCCAGGCGAAUCAAUUGCAACAAGUGCUCACCGGUCCAAUAAUAUCGUCAAUAAUGCAAUUGCCGCCCACAUUGGCAUCGUCGGUGCUGCAACAGCACGUGACUGCGAUGCUUCAGAAUAUCGUAAUGGUUUCAAAUGCUGUGACUGUUCAGAAACAAUUGGAUGGUGCGGCCGAUACAUCGGACGAGGAUGCAAGUGAUGUCAGCGAUGAUAACCUGGAUGGAGAUGAUGACGACGACUUAGACAAAGAGGACGAUGACGAAGCGGAAGGUGAAGGAGGACCAGAGGAUGAGCCUUUAAACAGUGACGAUGAUGUUUCCGAAGAGGAACAAGCUGAUUUAUUUGACACAGACAAUGUGGUUGUUUGUCAAUACGAUAAGAUCACCCGAUCGAGAAACAAGUGGAAAUUUUAUCUCAAAGACGGCAUCAUGAACAUAGGCGGUAAGGAUUAUGUUUUCCAAAAAUCAAAUGGUGACGCUGAAUGGUAGAGGAAGAGUUGAACGGGACGUACUUAAACGGAUGAUGGCGAAAAGACAUUUUUGUAACUUGUUUUCAACACUGAAUUUCCAUGCUCAUUGUUCACUCAUGAUGGGAUUAUGUGUGUGCGUGCGUGUAUGUGUAUUAUGUAGAAUUAUGUACAUAGAGCACAAAAAUUUAAUAUAUUCGAUAUACCAACAAUUUGACAUCAUCUUCGGUCUGGGAAUAUAAUUCAUUAUUGAAUUCGACAUCUCAAUUCAAUAUACCAUUUGAUAUA